AUGGUAAACUAUCCAAAGACAAGAAAAACGCAUUGCCAGAAAUGCAACACGCACGUAGUCCACAAAGUGUCUCUCUACAAGAAGAGCAAAGAAAGACCAGAAGCACAGGGUGCCAGAAGAUAUAAGAGAAAGCAGCAGGGAUUCGGAGGUCAGACAAAGCCCAUUUUGAGAAGAAAAGCAAAGACAACGAAGAAAGUUGUUCUGAAGAUGGAGUGCUCAACGUGCAAGAGAAAGCAGUGCAAGGUGUUCAAGAGAGCAAAACACGUUGAAAUUGGUGCACAGAAGAAGGCAAAGGGUGAAGCAUUGAACUACUAA